AUGUAUUCCAAAAGACAAUCCAAAAUGGAAAACAGUGAUACAGAACAAGAUGUUGUAAUAAAAUUCAUGAAAGGUCCGCUAUUCACAUUAAUAAUUGAUAAAGCCGUAGAAAGACAAACGGUACAACUGUUAAAGAAAGUUACCAAACUGGAGGAGGAUAUUAAAUUGUUAAGAGAAUUUAACGUAGAUGUUAUAAAAUUAUUAUGUAUCGAAAAGGAGAUUGCAAUUAAUUUAAGAGAAAUUGACUUGAGUUUUUAUGAUAGAUUUAUAAAGAAGUGUCACGAUGUUCAUUUCAAAACGAAAUCAAAACCAUCUCUUGAUGUUAUUGAAGAACCAAAGGCGAAACCAAAAAUAGUGUCAGUCAUUGAAAUUAAAAGAUUCGUUAUGGAUUGCCUUUUAAAAAUUGGCGUUCAAAAUGAAAAGGCAAAAACUUUCACCAAUGCACUAGUAACUGCCGACACCAGGGGGAUAACCAGUCAUGGUCUAAAUAGAUUAGAACAUUACAUUAACCAUAUAAAAGAUAAUGUUUGUAAUCCAAAUGCUGACCCAACAAUUAUGUUCGAAUCAGAGUCAACGGCUGUAGUUUGUGGAAAUAAUGGACUAGGUGUAGUAGUUUCAAUGUUCUGUGUGAAUUUAGCUAUAAAGAAGGCAGAAAAAACAGGCAUAGCAAUGGUAGUAGCCAAUGGUUCCAAUCAUUUUGGAAUUAAUUCAUACUACACUGCGUAUGCUGCAGAUCAUGGAUUUAUCGGUUUGGCAUUUACAAAUACUUCUCCUAUUAUGGUUCCAACCGGAGCUAAACAGGCCUGUUUUGGUACAAAUCCCUUGUCCAUUGCAGCAUCGGCAGUAAAUUCUGAUGGUGUCGUCAUUGAUUUUGCAACUACAACAGUAGCUUUGGGAAAGAUUGAAGUAUUUAAAAGAAAAAAUCAGAAGAUCCCAAUUGGAUGGGCAUUUGAUGAAGACGGUAAUCUAACUGAUGACGCCGCAGUUGGAGUGAAAGUUAAAAGACUCACACCUGUAGGGGGUACGGAAAGUCACAAAGGAACUUGUUUAGCUAUUAUGGUAGAGAUUCUAAGUGGUCUUCUUGCAAAUUCAGCAUAUGGACCACAUAUUCCGGUUUGGGGUGUGAAACCGUUUAAACUUGCAAACAUAGGGCAUGGAUUUAUUGUCAUUGAUCCUAGGAAAUUUACACCUGGUUUCGAUAAGCGACUUGGUGAUCUACUUGGAUAUGUUCGUAAAUUAGAACCGAUUGAUCCAAAAAAACCGGUUGAAGUUCCGGGUGAUUUUGAACGUCGUGCCAUGAAAAAAAUUGACGAUCAGGGUGGAAUAGAAUAUCCAGAAAGUAUAUUGAACAUGAUUGAAAAGUUGGUCAAAGAUUUGGGCGUAAAGGCUCCUAAAUUUAAAUCUUAA